GUCACCGUCACCGACCUCCUCGUGCCCCACACCACCCGGGGUGUGCUGCCGAAUGGGCUGCGGUACAUCAUCCUGGAGCACCAGGUGCCCCCCGGCCGGGUGGAGGCGCACCUGGAGAUGCACGUGGGCUCUUUGGAGGAGAGGCCGACGAGCAGCGCGGCAUGGCCCACAUGAUGGAGCACGUCUGCUUCCUGGGCAGCCGGCGGCGCGAGGUCCUGCAGGGCCAGGGCGCGGGUGUCACGAGCAACGCCUUGACGGACUUCCAGCACACCGUGUACCACCUGAAUUUGAAUUGCCUCGCCGAGGGGCUCGAGGUCCUGGCCGAGGUCGGCUUCGCGCCCGAGUUCCGGCCCGAGCGCAUCGAGAAGGAGCGCGCCGCGGUCCUGAGCGAGGCGCAGAUGGUGAACGACUGCAACUACCGCCUGCAAACGCAGAUGCUGGGGGCCAUGUCGGCGAACGGGAUCAGCCAGCGCUUCCCCAUCGGCCUGGAGAGCCAGAUCGCGCGCUGGACGCGCGACGAGCUUCUCGCGUUCCACAGGAAGUGGUACGUCCCCGAAAACGCCACUCUAUACAUCGUCGGCGACGCUCCCGCGGACGAGGUGGAGAAGCAGGUGCGGGCCGCCUUCGGCGGCUUCCAGGCCUCCGCCCCGCUCUCCGCGGAGCCCUGGGCCAGGGACGUGCUGUCCGCCUUCCGGCCUCCGGCGCCCGACCGGCCAGUGAUGCUGCACGAUUUCGUGCAGCCGCAGGGCGAAAUCGGCGCGGACAGGACCCGGGAUGUUGUCAGCCAGGCGCAGGUGGGCCACCGAGCUGGAGGUGUCGGUGGCCACGAAUGA